AUGUCUCGCGUCUACAUCGGCCGCCUCCCUCCUCGCUGCUCUGAGAGAGACAUAGAACGCUUCUUUAAAGGCUAUGGAAGGCUAAGGGACAUUGUUCUCAAGAAUGGCUAUGGAUUCGUUGAAUUUGAUAAUGACAAGGAUGCUGAUGAUGCUGUUUACGAUUUGCACGGCAGGGAUCUACGUGGUGAGCGUAUAAUAGUCGAGCAUGCCCGCCUGCCCCCGGGUUCCCGUGGAGGUAGUAGGCGUUCUGGUCGCGACCGAUAUGGUCCGCCGACUAGAACAGAGUAUCGCGCCAUCGUCGAAAAUUUGUCAUCUCGAGUCAGCUGGCAGGUAAGUGCCUCUUUUAUUAUUAUUUCCUCUGACGCCACAAAUUCCCUACACUUACUGAUUGAUUGUCUCGUAUUCAGAGACCCGUCGAUGUUCGUAGGCCGCGUAGGCGUGGUCGGUUCAGUUGGCGAUCGUAAACUGACAGGAGGAACCUAUCCGUUCGUGCCGAUUGUCGAAUUUUCUAGCAGUAAUGACCUCAAGCAUGCGAUCGAGCGCUUCGAUGGCUACGAGCUCUACGGGAGGCGCUUAAAGGUGUACGAGGACAGACCGAGGAGAAGGUCAACCGGUUCCAGAUCAACUAGUCGUUCUAGAAGAAGCUCGCGACGAUCAAGGAGCAGACGCACGCGGACGAGGUCCCAUUCGCGCUCCCGCUCCAGUAGGCGUUCUCGCUCCCGGUCGAAUUCACGUGUCGAGAGGCGGCGUAGGUCUGGAUCUAGCAGAAAGUCCGACUUGUCCAGAGAUGGUCAUCGGGAUUCCUCCAGAAGCAAAUCCAGAUCUAAGUCUGAUUCUAAAUGCAGGACUCUCGUAGCCCUAGCCGAAAUGGGGACAUCCGCGACAAGUCUGACACCAAAGAACGGACGAGAUCUCAUUCCCCUUCGCGCUCUCCUUCCCGUGAUCAUUCCAGAUCUCGGUCGGUCGAUCGCUCACGUUCAGCUUCCCAUUCAAGAUCACACUCCAUGUCUGCUGACAGGAGCCGUUCGGGCUCUAUCGACAGAAACGGAUCUGAGCAUGAUGACCGGGAUAGAGGAAGCGGCAGUGAUCGAGAGGACAAUGAUGAUUAUGGCUGGGUUUCGACGGUUUGUUAUCUGGUUUAUGCUAUUGGGGCCGGUUUUCUACGUCAGACCCCAUCUAAGUGUUAUUAAUGAUGAAAGCUUAGUUGUAAUGCUGUCCGACUGGCGAAUGGUAGCCUAUGCCGUUCGUACAAUCUUGCGUCAAAGAAUAUGGCACAUCUCGAAUUACUGCCAAGUCGAGAUUCAAGGUCUACUGAGUGAUUUGGAUUUAGUCAAACCAGCAUUCCAAGCCGAUUACGUCCGCAUAAUACUGGCUCUUCAAGAUCGGUCAAAUGAGGUGAGCGCUUGA